AUAAAUACUUGUCUCACCUCAAGCCAUCAACAGAGCAGACAUCCAGGACACAGACAUGGAGGCCAUCAUGGACACCAUCGUGGACAGUCUCUUUUGUUUCUUCGUCACUCUGGGUGCAGUACCGAUCAUUCGCUGUCCCCGUGGUAACGCAGCGGAGAUGGUUGCCGUGAAGUUGGAUAAGAAGCUCAGAGAGAACCUGCGGGACGCCAGAAACAGUCUCUUCACGGGAGACAACAUGGCCGCCGGACAGUUUAGUUUCCAGAGGCCUCUGUUCGUUCUGGCGGAUCGUAACGUGGACAUGGCCACGCCCCUCCACCACACCUGGACCUAUCAGGCGCUGAUCCACGACGUCCUG